AUGGCUACUGCUGAUGGUCCUGCUAGAGUACAUGACCGGAAUGCACGUCGCCGUCCAUUCUCAAACUGGGUGAAACGCCUGGCGAACCUUAAGAGUUCCUCCGAUUCUACAACAAACCGAUGGUCCAACAAGCGCCACACGGGUAAUAAAGGCAAGAAGGGUGAUCAAGAAAACAACCCAUACCCGCUCUCUGGAACCAUCAACCGUGACACGGGGACUCAGACACCGACCGACUCAUACGCGGAUGAUCAUUAUGGUGCAGAAUAUCGCUCUAGGAGCGACCCAUCUUUUUGUUCGGGCUAUGAGAACCCGGCUCCCCUGACAGGCGCAAAAUCCGCUGCGCCAACCAUUUCAACAAACGGUGACGCCACAUUUUCCGAAGCGGCAUAUUCCAAGGCAGGCACAUUGACAACUGGCACUGAAGGACUCAGCACCCAUGGAGGAGGUGAGGGUAGCACCUUCUCGUCACCUGCACCUUCGAUUCGAUCAAUGACCACUACCCUGACCACUGUGCACUCGGCGGCACCCUCAACCCAACUGUACAACGCACAAAACAGCCACAAUGGACACCACCAUGGCAGCUCGACUCAGAGCUCCUCAAAUCAGCAGAUUCAAUUUUCCCACCAAUUCCCUUCAACCUCACCCGCUACCGCAGUCCCCCCGCACCUAGUGCUCCAAAAUUAUGCGAUGACGUACAGCGCCGCAACCGCAAACAAUACCUUGACCGAUAACGCCUCUCUUCUCACUUUGGCGAGCUCAUCUAAGCGCCGUCGCCGCAAUUCUUUGGAUACCAAUGCAUCUGUACGCGCAUUGGCUCCGUCUUCUGUUUUCGGCGGUAGUCGGGAGAGCCUGCCGUUGAGUGUUCUGAGUGGACAUACGACUGAAGCAUCCAAUACAUCUGGGUUCAAUGCGUCGGGGGUACUGAGCCGACCAAGUAUUGUUGGCCUUGCUAGUGCUGAACGCAUCAGUGUCUACUCGGCCUCCGGAGCAAUUCCGCUAGCCAGCACCACUGCGGAGCGGGCCGGCUUGUACACCACUAAGCAAUCCGCCGGCGGUGAUACGGCCAGCAUUCGCAGCGGUGUCCAAUCGCACAGUCGAAAUGAUAGUACUGCUGCCAGUAUCACCGGGGGCAUUAGCAGUCCAUUGGCCUUGGCUGGUCGCAUGAGUCGAAGAAGUUCUGGCUGGGGCGAAAUUACCGGGGAGGAAGGCAAUGACGGAAAGCCAGUUGAGAAAAACGAGGAUGAAGCCGUGACUAAGGAUGAAAACGGCUUUCCUGUUGAGCGGCUCAAGACUUGA